AUGGAAAAGUUUAGUAUUGAUUUGAAUCGUGAAACAUCAUCAACAUCUAUCUCUGAAACCCAACCCGAACAUAGUGUUGAAGGGUUGGAAAAUGUAGUUCUACAUAAUGAAGAUGAAUCAAGGCAUAAAUGUAAAGUCAAAUGGAGCAAGGAAGCCACUAUACUUCUGAUAAGUGGAUGGCUUAAUACAUCUAAGGAUGCCAUUGUGGGGAAUGACCAGACUUCUACACAUUUCUGGGCUCGAAUCGCAGAUUACUUCAACACCAACCAAAAAGUGGUUGGUCUGAUGAGCAAAUUCUUGAGAAUGCACAUCAAUUGUACAAAUCUGAAAAUAACAACUCAAAUUUUCUGCUUGUGGAGAUUGCUAAAGGAUGAGCCGAAAUGGAAUACAAUGUACCAACCAAAAGGUGGUAAGAGAACAAAGGUGUCAGAUACAGGGGCAUUUACUUCUUCUUCCAAUGCAGACAUCAGUGAUGAUGAAGUACGUGAAGUGAGCCCUACUGGCCAAAAGGCAGCAAAGAGAACAGGGAAGGAAAAAAAAGACACACAUGCUAGAUUUAUAGAGAUUAGUGAACGGAAAGCAUCUGCAUUGGAGAAAUUGGUGGCGAUAAAGAAGAAAGAGGCGACGAUAAAGGAGAAAGAGGCAGAAGAUAAUAGGAUGACAAAAUACAUGGAUUAUCUCAUCAUGGACACGUCGCAUAUGACUCGUGAACAAAAGAAAAAUCAUGAAAACUUGUGUACUUAUAUUAUGAAUAAUAUCCUGAAGUUGUAA